AAACACUUCAUUAUUUUUUUUAUGCGAGGUUUUAUUUUAGCGUGAUCCAUCUAAUAAUUCCUCUAAUAGGGCACCGGCCUUUAGCAUUGAGUAAUUGUAGGGAGUUCAGAUCCUUUCUCAUUCCGGUUCACGUAAGAACCGGAGAUAUUUCACCAGUCAAUAGUCGGGUUUGUGUGAAGCUCCUCCCAUCUCGGCCGUAAUGAUUUCUUUCGUUCUUCCAUUACCAGGUGAGAUUCUGAUUUUUUUUUUUCAUGUUCUUUUUGCCCCCCGUAUCUUUCACUCUUCUGCUCUAACUAAAAGCAGAAGUGAUUGAUUUGAUUAGGGAACGGACGGCCAGAUGGGUCCCAUCUCCAACGUUCUCUGGUCCCACUACCCCGUUCUUCCCCAUUUCUUCCGUUUCUCUCUCCUCUCUCCUCGUUCUCUCAAGGGGGGAGACAGAGAGAGAGAGAGAGAGGAGGAGGAGGAGGAGGACGACCACCAAAGGGAGAAGAUUUAGCGCCGGAGUUAGGGUUAGGGUUUCGGGUUUCUUUCCAGGAAUUCUCUUGGUCCGUCUUCUUCCCCCAAUUCCAACUGGAGCGAUGGAGGCGAAGAUCCACUCAGUGCCGCAUGAUGAGGCGUCGACGGCCGAUGCCGUUUUCGCGCGGAGAUGCUGCUGCUUCUGGAUCCCCUGGUCCGGCGGGCGCUCUUCGUCGGCACCGUCUUCCGUCGAGCGGUGGCAGCGGAUACGGGCGUCGGAGAGGGGCGACGAGCGGAGGCCGUCGGCGGAGGGCGGGUGGUGGAGAGCCGUGAUGAAGGUGCGGGAGUGGUCGGAGCUCGCGGCCGGGCCCCGGUGGAAGACCUUCAUCCGGCGGUUCAAUCGGAACGCCAGACACGGUGGUGGCGGCGUCGUGCGGAUGGGGCCGUCGAGGUUCCAGUACGACCCCUUGAGCUACGCCCUCAACUUCGACGAGGGCCCCGGCGGCAGCCCGGAUGGAGACUACACCGGCUACCGCGACUUCUCCGACCCACCGGCGCCCUCCAAGUCAUCCGUGGACCUCGCCGGCCGGCGUGCCUCUCCGGUCUUCUCCGCCGCCCCGGCCGGUCGUUGAGGUCAGAGAGAGUGCGCCGGAGGAGUUUCGAGAGGCGACGGGAUGGGAGGAUUUGACGGGUGCAGGUGGCUGGAUUCUUUCAUUGCUUCGGUUUGUUCCUUUAAAAAAAUAUUAUAAUAGAUAUUAAAAAAUGCUGUCACUUUUCUUUGAUGCCGAGCGUGCGUUGGCUGGGUUGGGGAAAUUUGCUGUAUACGACGUGUAUGAUACUUGAAUGCGGAAAUAUAAUAAAUGGAAGCAAGGGCAGAUGGCUUUUUUUUUUUUU